UGUUCGUUUCUUAAUAUCACACCAAUCGGCUACCUCUCUGUCACCCCCUUCAUUUUCUCAUCACCACCAUUGCAAACUUCUAAUAAAAACUCCCAUAUCUUCAAAUCGGGCCAUUUCUUAAUUCUGUUUGGAUCAGUACGUAAAUGAAGUAAUUGUACACAAAUUGGUUUAGUUAAGAUAUCCAAUAACCAUGAGAGACAAGAUGUUUGCCGAUGACAGCAGCUUACCUAGGGCCAGUACUUUCGGCAAUGCCGUCCAUUCCGAUCCCAAUAUUUCGGCCUCCGCCAUGUCCCCCGACGUCAUUCACGACUACCAAAUGCGAAACAGUAGCGCCGCGGCCUUCGACCCCACCCGGCUCAGCGGCGAGGGCUCUCCCAUGACUAUGUCACCAUGGAACCAAACCUCUGCCUCUCCGUUCACCAAGUCGCCGUGGACGCCGUUCGAAGACAAGGUCCCCAAGAACGGCCUCCUCGGCUCUCUCAUUCGCGAGGAAGGCCACAUCUACUCUCUCGCCGCCACCGGAGACCUUCUGUACACCGGUUCCGACAGCAAGAAUAUCAGAGUAUGGAAGAAUCUCAAGGAGUACAGCGGCUUCAAGUCUAACAGCGGCUUGGUGAAAGCAAUUGUUAUCUCCGGGGAGAAGCUCUUCACAGGUCACCAGGACGGCAAGAUUAGGGUUUGGAGAGUCUCUUCCAAAGACCCGAAAGUUCACAAACGAGCCGGGACGAUGCCGACUCUGAUGGACAUUUUCAAGUACUCCGUCAAACCCAGCAACUACGUUCAAGUUAGGAAAACGAAAGCGCUUUGGAUCAGGCACUCCGACGCCGUUUCCUGUCUGAGCUUGAGCGAAGACAAGAGGCUUUUGUAUUCUGCCUCCUGGGACCGCACGCUCAAAGUCUGGCGGAUCGACACCUCCAAAUGCAUCGAGUCCAUCCACGCGCACGACGACGCCGUUAACUCCGUCGUGGCCAGCGUCGAAGGGCUGUUGUACACCGGCGCGGCGGACGGGACGGUGAAGGUUUGGAAGAAGGAGCAGAGUGGGAAGAUGAUAAAACACUCUAUGGUGCAGACGCUGCUGAAGCAAGAGAGCGCGGUGACCGCACUCGCGGUGAGCGCGUCUGGGUCUCUCGUCUACUGUGGGUCGUCGGAUGGGUUGGUUAAUUUCUGGGAGCGCGAGAAGCAGUUAUCGCAUGGUGGGGUCCUCAAGGGGCACAGGCUGGCUGUGCUGUGCUUGGCGGCGGCUGGGAGCUUGGUGUUCAGCGGCUCGGCUGACAAGACCAUAUGCGUGUGGAGGAGGGACGGCGUGAUCCACACGUGCCUGUCGGUUUUGGCGGGCCACACUGGGCCGGUGAAGUGCUUGGCCGUUGAGGAGGAUCGUGAACGUUCGACCAACGGCGAUCACCGGUGGAUCGUGUACAGUGGGAGCCUGGAUAAGUCUGUGAAGGUGUGGGGGGUGUCGGAGCAAGCUCCGGAGCUCACUCCCAUGUCCAUGCAGACCCAGUUGAUUACCGACGCCGACUCGCUACCGUCCGAGGGAAGCUACUCUUCUUCGAGCCGGUCCGGCCAGGAGAGAAGGCACUGAUCCAGUGGUUCGCCCCUGUGACUUCCCUAAUUAAUCUCAAUGACCAUUUGUGUAAGGACACGUGUCUGACUGAUCAGGAGAUACUUUUAGUUUAGCUACCUAUGCAGAGAAGGGAUGACCGGAUGACCAGUUGUGUAACGCCACGUGUCUGCUCACAAGAUUCUCUUCGGUUAUGAAUGUAUGGAGAGAAGGGAGGUAUAUGUGAGAUUGGAGGAAUGGUUGGUUCUGCGACUAUUGAAAUAAACAAACUUUUCUCCUUUCUCCUAGAAAGAUAGUAACUAGUGGUGGAAUGUUUUGCUAAUAGCGAUUCAAAUAACCUAUGUGC